CAUCAAACCUAUUUAGGUUAACUGCUAUGCUAUGGGUGGUCUCAUUUCUUCGUAGCUCAUACUCCUCCAGCCUUAGGUUCUGUGUGGAAGUUACAGAUGUAUACUCACAGUCACAGAAAUGCAAGUCAAGUGACUCAAUAAAAAUUCUGAAAGGAUUCUCGUCAAAAACCAAAACAUAAUAAGGUGUAAAAGGAGCCUGUAAAAUUCUAACACCAUAUACACCUAUCCGAAAGAAAUUUCAGUACUCCCUCCGAUCCAUAUUAAUAGUUAUAGUAGUUGGCUGGACUUCGUUUUUGAACUUGUACUUAAUGGAGCAGUUGUAGAACAAAGAUGUCACAAUGUUAAUGCAUGUUGGGCUAGUUUGGUUGCUGUGCUGGAGCGAUUUGCUUGAGCCUCAACUAUCCGUGUUUGGUUGCACCUCACUCAGGCACGUCCGUCAGGCUCACGCGUCCGACUUGCAGCCACCGUGCCUGGCGCUCCAUCCUCCAGGCGACCGUUGGUGAGAACAAAGGAACCGGUGAAAACGAAAGACUGCCUUUACAUUUUACUUUCACAAAGUGUAUUUAAGUCUUGAUGUUUUGUUCCCAGGCAUUGUUUCUAACCACCGUCAGCCGCAGAACCGCCAUUGAUAGCCACUUCCAUCGUUGCCGCUCCCUGCUUCAGUAGACUGUGUUCCGUCUCUACUUGUCAGAAUGGCUUGCACACAGAUGAACUGCUCCAAGAACGGGACAACCUCCGCUGCUGACCUGACAGAUGACCUUAUCAUCGAGAUUCUGUCCCUGCUGCCCGUCAAGUCAGUGUGCCGAUUCAAGUGUGUCUCCCGGCUCUGGUACCUCCUCAUCUCCCAACACCGCAAAAAGCUGCCCCAGACCAUCUCCGGCUUCUUCUACCCCAAGCACAGACUCAACUAUGAGGAUGGUUUGAUAGCAUUUCCCACUUUUGAUGGUAUAUCAAGGGACCAAGAGCAGCUAUUCCCUGAUUCCUCGUUGUCCUUCUUGACGGGAUACAGGCAGAUUUUGCCAAAGGACUGCUGCAAUGGCCUUAUUUUCUGCCUCUGCUGGAAGGACUCCCCAAUAGACGAAGCUGAUUAUGUGGUAUGUAAUCCUGCCACUGAGGAAUGGGUAAUCCUGCCUGAUGCUGGCCAUAAAAGCGAUGCAUUGGCGUACCGUUUGGGUUUCGAUGGAGCCAUGUCACCCCACUUCCAUGUGUUCCAGAUCCUAGAGGGUGAUGAGGACUAUGGAUAUAUCUCAGGUGUUAAUAUCUACUCAUCAGAGACAGGAGCCUGGAGUUACAAGGAAAAUGGUUGGGGCGACAAUGAGAUUCAGAUAGUUGACAUGAGAGGUGUCUUUUUCAAUGGAAUGAUGCACUUGCUCACAUGUGAGUUUAAGAUACUAGCAGUUGACACGGAAGGCAAGACAUGGAGGACCAUUUCUUUGCUUGAAACCAUGUGUGUUGGAAACAUUUGUUUAGGUCCUCUGGCUUUUAUUGGUCAAUCUCAAGGGCGAUUGUAUUUUAUAAAUAUGAGAGACAACGAUAGCUCCAAAUUAUCAGUCUGGAUUCUUGAGGACUAUAAUGGUAAUGAAUGGAUCUUUAAGUACAACAUCAGCACUUCACAACUUUUUGGGGAGCUUUUUGGGGAGAAAAAUCACAUGUUACAACGGGACUAUGCUGAUCUCUUGUUCCAGAGGGACUAUGCUUUGAUCGCAAUCCAUCCUGAAUGCAAUUUGAUAUUCUUUGUUUGGAGGUGCAAGGAUGUGCUACUGUCAUAUGACAUGGACCGUGGUAAAGUUUGUGUUAUCUGCAGUCUAAAAUAUCACUUGUAUGACACAUUUCCUCCAUAUCUUCCCUAUGUUCCAUUUUUCUCGCGCAUUGGCAAACCAAGAGUGGAAGCGUGACUCCAGGGUGGAGGCUGACAGUUGUUACCGACAAUUAUAUGGAGUCUUUUAGAAGUGUUGGACCUCCAGUUAUCACAGCUAAACCAUAGGGCUACAGCUUUGGUAUAGCUCUCUAAUAACUUUUCUUGUUCCCUCUGCAGUUUUUGCUUUUGCUUUGAUUUAGUCUUGAUAUGUCUAUGAAAUGCUUUCAGUCAUUAAGACCCUGUAUAUGUUGACCAAGUUUGCUUGUUUUGGACUGGCCUGAUUAUUUACCAAGUUUUUAUGGGA